GAAGGGAAGAUACGAAACCUUACCCUCGAUGGACCAACUAAAGCCAAAUCUUGUAAACUCUUCCCCUCUUUCUCCAAUACGCUUUCUGGAAAGAGCUGCAACUGUCUAUGGUGAUUGCCCUUCUGUCGUCUACAACACCACCACCUACACCUGGUCACAAACCUACCGUCGAUGCAUCCAGGUGGCGUCAUCUCUUUUAUCUCUUGGUAUCAAGAGUGGCCACAUGGUGUCUGUCGUAGCCCCCAACAUUCCUGCUAUGUACGAGCUCCAUUUCUCGAUUCCAAUGUCUGGGGCUAUUCUUAACACCAUUAACACGAGGCUUGACGCCCGCACCAUAUCAUUAAUCCUCCAACACAGCGAAUCAAAACUCGUGUUCGUUGAUCACCUUUUGAGCUCUCUUAUCCUGGAAGCUAUCUCUUUGUUUCCGCCUCAUGCCGAAACCCCGCGUCUCGUUCUCAUCACUGACGAUGACGCCUCAUCAGCGACCGUUGGAUUUAUUGAUACUUACGAAAACAUGGUGGAAAAGGGUGACUCAAACUUCAAAUGGGUUCGGCCCACGAGUGAAUGGGAUCCUAUGGUUCUGAAUUAUACAUCUGGUACAACUUCGUCUCCUAAAGGUGUAAUGCAAUGCCACAGGGCGCUCUUCAUUGCCACAGUUUCUUCACUGAUAGAUUGGUCAGUUCCGAAUCAACCCGUUUAUUUGUGGACCCUGCCAAUGUUUCACGUCAAUGGGUGGAGCUUCCCUUGGGGUAUGGCUGCCGUCGGUGGAACCAAUAUUUGCCUCCGUAGAAUUGAGGUUGCCAGCAUUUACGCUUUGAUUAAACAACAUAAAGUCACACACAUGUGCGGUGCACCAGUGGUGCUCAAUAUGCUCUCAAACUAUGCAGAAGCUGAACCCCUUGAUCAUCCGGUCUACGUCCUUACUGCCGGUGCUCCGCCACCAGCCCCGGUCCUCUUCAGAGCUGAGUCAAAGGGUUUUAUAGUGAGUCAUGGAUACGGGUUAACUGAAACAUCUGGUGUCGUCGUUUCGUGUGCAUGGAAACCUCAAUGGAACAAAUUGCCAUCAAGUGAGAGAUCGCGGAUUAAAGCAAGACAAGGAGUCGGGACAAUCGGAUUGACCGAAAUGGAUGUGGUGGAUCCCAAGUCAAGACAGAGCGUCCAACGAGAUGGGGUGACACGUGGCGAGAUCGUUUUUCGCGGAGGGACAAUCAUGUUAGGUUAUCUGAAAGACCCGGAAAGUUCGUCCAAAUGUAUGAAAGAUGACGGCUGGUUUUAUACUGGAGAUGUUGGUGUAAUGCAUCCUGAUGGCUAUGUAGAGAUCAAAGAUCGAUCAAAGGAUGUGAUUAUAAGCGGUGGAGAGAAUAUAAGCAGUGCGGAGGUUGAAUCCGUAUUGUAUUCUCAUCCGAUGAUUAAUGAAGCGGCGGUGGUGGCUCAACCAGACCCGUUUUGGCAGGAGACGCCAUGUGCGUUUGUGUGUUUGAAGAGUGAGUUCAAUCAGAAACCUACAGAGAAGGAGAUAAUAGAGUUUUGUAGGGCACGGUUGCCUCAUUACAUGGUACCCAAGACUGUAAUCUUCAAGGAUGAGCUUCCCAAGACAUCAACUGGGAAAAUUCAGAAAUUUGUGCUGAGGGAAAUUGCCAAGUCAAUGUUGCAUUCACGUUUGUAGAAUUAAUAAACCAAGCAAAUUAAUUAAAAUCGUUUCAUUCUUAAUUUUUCAACUUUC